AUGCCUGCAGACGACCUUCGACCCGUUUUUGCUCGCUCUCAGAGCAAUUCUAGCUUUCCGGCUCCUCCGGUCACGUUCUCCCCAUUGAAUGACGAUGAUGAUGUUAUGUCUUCGAACGAGGCCGUCUUGGAACUCAACGAUGGCUCUGCGUUUAGAGGUAUCAGCUUCGGGGCGGAAGAAAAAAGUAUGGUCGGGUACACAGAAUCCUUAACCGAUCCUUCAUACGAAGGCCAGAUCCUUGUCCUCACCUAUCCGCUAAUCGGAAAUUAUGGCGUUCCCGAACGCCCCAAAAACGACGUUGAUCUCCCUUCGGAGUUCGAGUCAUCCCGCAUCCAUAUUGCUGCCCUCGUAGUUGGCUCAUAUACUGAGGACUACAGCCACUACUUGGCAAAUUCUUCACUUGGAGCUUGGUUGAAAGAAAACAAUAUCCCUGCCAUUUGUGGUGUAGACACACGCGCCCUCACCAAGAAGAUACGGGAGAAAGGUUCCAUGUUAGCCAGAGUGUUGGCGCGAAAGUCAGAUGCCCCUCCCCGCCGCUUGCAGCCUCUUAUUCCGGAGUCACGUUCGGUCUCACGUUCAUCCUCGCCGCCACCUUCGGAGGACUACAUUGAUAUCCCGUGGCAUGAUCCCAACUCUGAUAAUCUUGUCGCUGCAGUAUCAUUAUCGGCUCCUCGACUUUUCAAACCUACAGGCCAACCUCGUCUUCACCCAAACGGACGUGUCCUUCGCGUUGUCGCUGUGGAUGUGGGCAUGAAGUACAAUCAGGUUCGAUGCUUCACUAAGCGUGGAGUGGAACUCAAGGUUGUUCCUUGGGAUUACGACUUCAUAAACGAAGCCGAGCCAUAUGACGGACUGUUCAUAUCAAACGGUCCAGGUGAUCCUGUGACAAUCAUGUCCACUGUCAAGCGAAUUGCUCAAGCAAUGGAGAAAGGCAACCGCCCUAUCUUCGGUAUCUGCCUUGGGCACCAAUUGCUCGCUCUCGCUGCGGGAGCUACUACCUCAAAAAUGAAAUACGGCAACCGCGGACAUAAUAUCCCAUGCACUCACGCACUGUCCGGAAGGUGCUACAUAACGUCUCAAAACCAUGGUUUCCAGGUCGACACAGAUACCCUCCCUCAGGGAUGGAAAGAGCUUUUCCGCAACGCCAAUGACGGUAGUAACGAAGGCAUCUAUUGCGAAGACAAACCAUUUUUCUCCGUACAAUUCCAUCCAGAAUCUACUCCUGGCCCUCGUGAUACGGAAUUCCUUUUCGACGACUUCAUCCGGAUUAUCGUGGAUUGUGUCAACACGAACACCUUGGUGCCCAUAUCGUUCCCGGGCAGACGCAAGGAAGACAAUGAUCAAAUGUUCCCUCGCGCCAAUGUCCAAAAGGUUCUCAUUCUUGGCUCCGGUGGAUUGUCCAUCGGGCAGGCAGGCGAGUUUGAUUACUCAGGCUCGCAGGCUAUCAAGGCGCUCAAGGAGGAAGGCAUUUACACUAUUCUCGUCAACCCUAACAUUGCCACCAUCGCUACUUCCAAGGGUCUCGCGGACAAGGUAUAUUUCCUUCCGGUGACACCCGAUUUCGUGCGCAAAAUCAUCAAGUAUGAGAAACCAGAUGGUAUCUACGUGACGUUUGGUGGACAGACCGCCCUUAAUGUCGGCAUUAAACUCAAAGAUGAGUUCUUGGUACCCCCCAUCGAGACUAUCAUCACGACAGAGGAUAGGCAAUUAUUUGCCCAAGCGAUGGAGGACAUCGGGGAACGUUGUGCUCAGUCUGCCACAGCUACCACUCCAGAUGAAGCAGCUGUCGCAGCGCGUGAGAUCGGCUUCCCGGUCAUUGUUCGUGCUGCAUACGCUCUGGGUGGUUUGGGAUCUGGCUUCGCCCAGGAUGAAGCCCAGCUUCGCGCUCUAUGUAGCAAGGCAUUUGCGACUAGCCCUCAGGUACUCGUGGAAAAGAGCAUGAAAGGUUGGAAAGAGAUCGAAUACGAGGUUGUCCGCGAUUGUCGCGAUAAUUGCAUAACUGUUUGUAAUAUGGAGAAUUUUGAUCCCCUCGGUAUACACACUGGAGACUCCAUUGUGAUCGCUCCCUCCCAAACGCUGUCUGACUCCGACUACAACAUGCUCCGAACAACUGCGAUUAACGUCAUUCGCCAUCUUGGUGUUGUUGGCGAGUGUAAUAUCCAGUACGCUCUGAAUCCGACAUCGAAGGAGUACUGCAUCAUUGAGGUCAAUGCACGUCUGUCGCGAUCGUCAGCGCUAGCCUCAAAAGCUACUGGCUAUCCCCUUGCGUUUAUUGCCGCUAAGCUCGGUCUGGGUGUCCCGUUGAACGAAAUCAAGAACUCCGUGACGAAAGUAACUAGCGCUUGUUUUGAGCCGAGCUUGGACUACGUUGUCGUCAAGAUACCACGUUGGGACCUCAAGAAAUUCAACCGGGUCAGCCGGCUUCUUAGCAGCAGCAUGAAGAGCGUCGGUGAAGUCAUGAGCAUUGGUAGAACUUUCGAAGAGACCUUCCAGAAGGCGAUACGGGCGAUCGACGAUCAGUUCCUUGGAUUUGCGAAGAAUGACUUUGUGGAUGACAUUGACGAGGAACUGGUCAAUCCCACUGACAAGCGCAUAUUCGCCAUCUCAAAUGCAUUCCAUCGGGGCUAUAGCGUCGACAAGAUCUGGCAGAUGACUAACAUCGACAAAUGGUUCCUAACGAAACUUCAACACAUUCAUCGCAUGGAGAAGCGCUUGUCAGAGCAAUCCAUUACUUCUGUCAGUAACAGAAUCAUCCUCCAAGCGAAGCAGCUUGGCUUCUCCGAUCGCCUGUUAGCCAGUUGUUUGGGUUCAACGGAGUUAGCUGUCCGAAGGCUUCGUCAAGAAAUUGGUAUCGCCCCAUUCGUCAAGCAAAUAGACACCGUCGCAGCCGAGUUCCCUGCAGUGACGAAUUACCUCUACACUACGUAUAACGCUAUCGAACACGACGUCGAGUUUAAUGAUCGUGGUGUCGUGGUCAUUGGCUCGGGUGUUUACCGCAUUGGCUCCUCAGUCGAAUUCGACUGGUGCGCGGUCAGGGCUAUCAGAACGCUUCGUGAACAAGGCCUCCCGACGAUCAUGGUCAACUACAACCCGGAAACAGUUAGCACUGAUUACGACGAAGCUGAUCGCCUUUACUUCGAGAAUAUCAGCUUGGAGACCAUUCUUGAUAUCUAUGAUACAGAGCGUUCGCGCGGCGUCAUCUUGUCGAUGGGUGGCCAGACCCCAAACAAUAUUGCCCUUCCCCUCUAUCGUCAGAACGUAAAAAUCUACGGGACUUCUCCCGAGAUGAUCGACACCGCCGAGAAUCGCUUCAAAUUCUCUAGGUUACUCGACGAGAUUGGCGUUGACCAGCCUCGGUGGAAGGAACUGACUAGUUUCCAGGAGGCUCUCGCCUUUUGUGAUUCAGUGGGGUACCCUGUCCUCGUCCGUCCUUCCUACGUCCUUUCAGGGGCGGCCAUGAACGUCGUCUCAACUGGUGACGAUUUGGCCAACUAUCUGACACAAGCAACCUGCUGUCUCUCGCGAACACCCGGUCGUCAUCACGAAGCGAAGGACGGUCAGAUGGUCAUGCAUUUUAUCUCGGAGCACGUUGAGAAUGCUGGUGUGCACUCUGGUGACGCCACUCUCAUCCACCCACCACAAGAUCUUGAUCCCGCUACCGUUCGUCAAAUUGAGGAAGCCACUGCCAAGAUCGGAAACGCUCUCAAUUUCAUAGCUAAGAACAAUGAGAUCAAGGUGAUCGAGUGCAAUCUACGAGCGGCGCGGUCUUUCCCCUUCGUUUCCAAAGUCACCGGCAUUGACGCUAUUGAGAUGGCCACCAAGGUCAUGCUUGGAUUGCCGGUGGAGAGCUACCCCGAUCCUGGUCUUCCUCCAGACUAUGUUGGAGUCAAGGUCCCUCAGUUUAGCUUCAGUCGGCUCUCUGGAGCAGACCCUGUACUUGGCGUGGAAAUGGCCUCUACUGGAGAAGUCGCUUGCUUCGGGCGUGAUAAGUAUGAGGCAUACCUCAAGGCUUUAAUCUCCACUGGCAUUGUGCCGCCAAAGAAGAAUAUCCUGCUUUCUAUUGGGAGCUAUCGGGAGAAAUUGGAAAUUCUGCCGUCAGUGCAGAAGCUCCACGCUGCCGGAUACAACAUUUUCGCAACAUCCGGUACUGCCGACUUCUUGACAGAACAUAACGUUCCUUGCAAAUACCUGGAAAGCCUUCCGGAAGAUAGCAACGACAAACAGAAGUCCGAAUAUUCGCUCACGCAGCACUUGGCCAACAAUCUGAUCGACAUGUACAUCAACCUCCCGUCAAAGAACAAUUAUCGCCGCCCCGCAAGCUACGCCAGUAAAGGGUACCGCACGCGGCGUAUGGCAGUUGACUUUGCAAUUCCGCUCAUAACGAACGUCAAAAACGCAAAAUUACUUGCAGAAGCACUUGUUCGCAAGCUUCCGUUGGAUGUAUCGAGUAUCGAUUCCAAAUCCUCGUAUCUAACGCAUGCAUUCCCCGGGCUUGUUAACAUUUCCGCGUUCUUACCCCGCCUCACCGAGCCAGGAGCCGAUGACUUCGAGCAAGCUACUAGGGCUUCUAUCAGUGCAGGUUUUACUACCUCACUCGUUCUGCCAGUCGGAGUUGAUAGUGCCAUCACCGAUGCUUCUUUACUUGAGCAGGUUCAUGCCACAGCUGCAGGGAGCGCACGCUGCAACUACGCCCUCAGCAUUGCUGGGAAAGAUAGUAAUGCCCGGGCUCUUGACGAGGAAGUCAGAGCGGACGUGAAGUCGUUGUACAUCUCAUUCCAUGGGAACUUCGCCUCUCCUCAAAUUUCCACCGUCGCUGCCAACUUCGCCUCGUGGCCCCAAAACAAGACAAUCGUGACUGAUGCUCGUGGCUCAAACCUUGCAUCAGUGCUUCUACUGGCAUCUCUUCACAACCGCAGCGUUCAUAUCACCGACGUCAGGAACAAAGAUGAUUUGCUUCUCAUCUCGCUCAGCAAGGAAAAACAUCUCAAGGUUACUUGUGAUGUUUCAGUCUUCGCCUUAUUCUUCACACGGGAACAAUAUUCUCAACCCACCUCGUUGCCAUCAGCGCAGGAUCAGGAGGCACUGUGGAAGAACCUUGAUGUAAUCGAUGCGUUCUCAGUUGGGAUGCUUCCUCAUCAACUUGCGACGGAACUUCAAGAGUCGGCUUCUGCGUGGUCCGGAACGGAGGAAACACUACCCCUGUUGCUUACCGCCGUUACUAGUGGUCGACUCACUCUUGAGGAUAUUCGUGUGCGCCUUCACGAUAACCCGAUUCGUAUCUUCGGUCUUCCUGAACAAACGACAACUCACGUGGAAGUUGUCCUAGGGCGGCGAGCUCAGCAUCAGAACCACAGCACGUGUUGGUCUCCUUUGCAGAAGGGUUCCGUCACUGGGUCACUGCACAGAGUAGUUGUCCAUGGAAAAACCUUAUUCCUUGAUGGUGAACUCUCUGUUUUACCGCUAGGGAAAGAUGUAUCCAGUGCGACAAUCGUGCAUGCUGCUGGAGAGCGGCAACCAGGCGUGCCUCUGGCGAAACCACAGCUUGUUUCUGGGCCUUCUGCCGCUAGGGUGCCUGAUGGCUCUAUCCCUCCCCAUCAGACGGCUUUGCCACCGUCUGCCAGUGGUCCUGCCGGUUCAGGUAUCAGUGUACCACCGGUUGUUGUUCACGGUCGUCAUCCGGCAUUCCAUCGUCGUCAUAUACUUUCUGUGAAGCAAUUCACCCAACGCGAUAUGUAUGACCUCUUCUCCUUGGCCCAUGAAAUGCAACUUCAGGUCGAGCGCAAUGGGACACUAGACGUUUUGAAGGGCAAAGUUCUUUGCACCCUUUUCUACGAACCGUCCACCCGUACAAGCACUUCUUUCGAUGCGGCCAUGAAACGCUGUGGAGGCGAAGUGAUUCAAGUUAACGUAGACACUUCAUCGGUGAAGAAGGGAGAGACGCUGGCCGAUACCGUUCGCACAGUAGGGUCUUAUGCCGAUGCUAUUGUGAUUAGGCACCCCGAUGUCGGCAGUGCCCAACUCGCCGCUAAAUAUUCCCCUGUGCCUGUUCUGAAUGCUGGCGAUGGCAUAGGAGAGCAUCCUAGUCAGGCUCUUCUCGACAUUUAUACCAUUCGAUCCGAGCUGGGAACUGUCAAUGGCAAAACGGUCACCAUCAUAGGAGAUCUGAAGAAUGGGCGCACAGUUCAUAGCCUGGUUACUCUACUCUGUCACUACUCAGUCCGUCUGAACUUCGUCGCGCCUCCAGCGCUUGCGAUGCCCGCAAAGGUGGUCGCUGUUGCGCGGAAGGCGGGUAUAUUUGUGCAGCAGCUGGAAUCGCUCGAGGAGGUCUUGCCUGAUACCGACGUUCUCUACGUAACCAGAGUGCAACGAGAGAGGUUCAAGAAUGAAUUGGAGUGGCAAGCGGUCAAGGACUCUUAUCGGAUUGACCACGCCCUUCUUUCUCGCGCCAAAGAAGAUAUGAUUGUAAUGCACCCGUUGCCUAGAGUGAAUGAAAUCGAUCCCGAAGUCGAUUUCGACUCCCGACGCGCCGCUUACUUCCGUCAAAUGCGUUACGGACUUUUCGUUCGGAUGGCCCUUCUUGCCAGCGUGAUGGGCUAA